AGAGAAUAGCGGGAACCGUUGUUUUGAGAAUCGUUGACCUUGAGAUUUGUUUAUCCUAACGCUUCCUUCUGUUAAUCAUCAAAUUCGAUAUUCUCAGUGGACGUAUUACUGGAGAGAGAAAAAGAAAACAAAAAGCUGGAUAAUACCCGUUGUUAUCAUCACUAUUAUCAUUAUUACUGGCUUGACAAUUUUGAUUGUUACAGAUAAUGAGUGAAGACGAUCAAAUUGUGAGACAGAGAACAGAUAAUAUUACAGAGGAGCAAAUUACUGCUGGACAAGAUGACUCGGCUGGAUCUAAAAAACCAACAACAAGCGAUGAAGAUGAUGAUGAAGCGAUCGACCCGAUUAAACCAGAUUUUCAUGCUGCUGAAAAGCUACAUCAAGGCACUGGUCAUGUACCACCCGUGAUUAGCUUUUUGAGCAAUUUUCUUUCACCACGUUGGGUUAAUUGGACUGUACGAUUGUUUACAGGUAUCCUGUUGAUAUCUUCAUUUACAUUGUUAAUCUAUUUGGGCCCGUUGGCAUUGGUACUUAUGGUGUUAGCAAUUCAGCUGGCUUGUUUCAAUGAAAUCAUUAAUAUUGGCUAUUUAGUUUAUCGAUCACACGAUCUACCAUGGUUUCGACCAUUAUCAUGGUAUUUUCUGUUCACAUCGAAUUAUUAUUUAUUCGGGGAGAGUUUGAUUGCACGAUUUCGGCUACUCUUGGCGAAAGAAGAUUUUCUUCAACCGUGGAUCACACAUCAUCAGUUUAUUUCCUUCUCGUUAUACUGUGCUGGAAUUGUUGGAUUUGUUCUAAGCUUAGUGAAGCGUCAUUAUAUUAAACAGUUCACACUGUUUGGCUGGACCCAUGUUACAUUACUCAUCUUUGUGACGUCAUCAUACUUCUGUAUAGAGAAUAUAUUCAAUGGAAUGAUCUGGUUCCUUCUGCCCGUCUGUUUAGUGAUAUGCAAUGAUAUAAUGGCCUAUGUGUUUGGCUUUUUCUACGGGAAGACUCCAUUGAUUAAGCUGUCACCGAAAAAGACCUGGGAAGGUUUUAUCGGUGGUGGCCUGUCGACAAUUGUCUUCAGUCUGAUCUUUUCAUAUAUCCUGUUGAAAUUUGAUUAUUUCGUCUGUCCAAUUGAAUGGGAUGAUGCUAAGGGAGCGUUGACAAUGAAUUGUACAAGGAAUCCUGUGUUUGUAGCACAGACGUAUAAUUUACCAAAAUAUUUGUUCUUUCUACCAAUUCGUCAAAUCAUCUGGUAUCCAUUUUUACAGCAUUGUUUAAUUAUAAGCAUAUAUACAUCAGUAGUCGGGCCAUUUGGUGGAUUUUUCGCUAGUGGUUUUAAACGUGCAUUUAAAAUUAAAGAUUUUGGUGAUUUAUUCCCUGGACACGGUGGUGUAGUCGAUCGUUUCGAUUGCCAAGUAUUAAUUGGAACAUUCGUAUUAUUCUAUUAUAAUUCAUUUGUUCGCAUUCACAGCCCUACAUCUUUAUUGCCUAAAAUCUUUAUAUUACCACCAAGUGAUCAGUUGACAUUCUAUCGUCUACUCACGGAUGGUUUAUACAAACGUGGCCUAUUGCCGGAUCAGUUGAUGAAUGCAGUGAAUGACUUGCUUCCUCCUCCACCUCCUCAGUCAACAGGGAAUUCUCGAACUAUUGGUGUCGUCACAUCAGCGGAAUCAACUGGAACCACUGGAACAACAUAGAGAGACACAAAAAUAGCGAUGAGUGAAUAGUCUUCAGUUAUUAAUUUUUGAGAUUAUAUCUCACUACCGCGACGACCACCAUCAUUAUCAACAUCAUCAUCGUCAUUAUCAUCUCCACCGUCGUCAUUGGCGCUUCUUAAUUCUAGAUGUGUUGUAUGAUCGAGUUAUAAUAAUUCAAAAUACAAAGCUACUACUACUCUAUCAAUCCUACUAAUAACUAAUACUAAUACUGGCAUUUCUUUGUAGAACACACACUCGCGAAUACCUACACCCCUCCUCCACUGAUUAUUGACUCAUGUCCACACCCACACUCACACGCCCUGAACUAUAUUCAUCAUCAGCCAUGCGCGUAUACACAAUCAUCGUAUUAUAUAUUGUCAUAGUUAUAUACAAACAAACAUAAAAUCGAUAUUUUAGAAGUACACACAGGCAUUUGUGUUGUUGUUUUUAUUGUUAUUAUUAUUAUUGUUGUGUCUUCUCCUCCUGCUUCUUAACCUUUACUUACAAACAAACAAACGUCUCCUCUCUGGUGAUGUUUUAGUUUUCUUCAAUGAAUUGUCUACCUCUUCGUGUGUGUGUGUAUGACUGUGUGUCUGUUCAUCGUUCUGCUUCUCAUUUGGUUUGUGUGAAUGUAUGUCUGUCUCUGUGCUAUUUGCUAUUCCCCCCCCUUACCCCAUACUCAUUCAUUCCUUUGAUCGAUUCUGUGUGGAACAAUACUGUGCUCCAAUGCUUUUGAGCCUUUUUACUGUCGGUGAAGAAUGAUUGAACCGCAGAUCACGUGUGUCUCUAUGUUUGUGUGUGUGUGUGUGCACGAGUGUGUUUGGUUGUCUACACCCUAGUGAACAACCACUAGACACAUCAUUUGCUUUUAUCUUCUUGUUUUUUUUAACAAUUCAUGUGUAUACUACUCAUUAUCAUCACUAUCAGUAAGCUAAAUGCUGCAUUGAUUGAUUGAUUGUUAUUUGUCUGUAUAGCUGUGUGUGGCUGCUGUUGUCGUUGUUGCUGUUGUUGUGUUUUCCACAAAAACGCGUCAUUUUUCGCUUUUUAUUUGUAACGAGAUGAAGUGCAGAAAAAAAUGACCACAAUAGAGCUGCUAUAUAUAAUAAUAAUAUCGCUGUUAUAUAAAGAGGAAUAACCAUUAUAACAAUACUACUGUUAUUAUUAUUAUUGUUUCUUAUUCUUGUCACACUAUGGUGUAAUAAUCAUCAUUUCAGUGAGUGAGUGAGUGAGACAUUCUUCUAUUUAUUAUACUGUGAUUAUUGUUGUUAUAUUACUAUUAUUAUUUAUUUAUUUCUUCAUUCGUGCAUUCAGUAAUUUGAAAAGAGAGUUACAAAAAAAGAGAAAGAAUUCCGAUG